AUGAGCUUCUUCCCCUUUGGGGAGAACCUUCGGUGUCAAAGGGGUGGCACUGGAGGGUACCUUCCUGUACCACCCUGCCACCGGAGGGUACCCUCCUGUACCACCUUGCCACCGGAGACUACCCCCCUGUACCACCCUGCCACCGGAGGCUACCCCCCUGUACCACCCUGCCACCGGAGGAUACCCUCCUGUACCACCCUGCCACCGGAGGGUACCCCCUGUACCACCUUGCCACCGGAGGAUACCCCCCUGUACCACCCUGCCACCGGAGGCUACCCUCCUGUACCACCCUGCCACCGGAGGGUACCCCCUGUACCACCCUGCCACCGGAGGGUACCCUCCUGUACCACCCUGCCACCGGAGGAUACCCCCCUGUACCACCCUGCCACCGGAGGGUACCCCCCUGUACCACCCUGCCACCGGAGGAUACCCCCCUGUACCACCCUGCCACCAGAGGAUACCCCCCUGUACCACCCUGCCACCGGAGGGUACCCCCUGUACCACCCUGCCACCGGAGGGUACCCUCCUGUACCACCCUGCCACCGGAGGGUACCCUCCUGUACCACCCUGCCACCGGAGGGUACCCUCCUGUACCACCCUGCCACCGGAGGGUACCCCCUGUACCACCCUGCCACCGGAGGGUACCCCCCUGUACCACCUUGCCACCGGAGGGUACCCCCUGUACCACCUUGCCACCGGAGGCUACCCCCCUGUACCACCCUGCCACCGGAGGCUACCCUUCUGUACCACCCUGCCACCGGAGGCUACCCUCCUGUACCACCCACAUUUUUUAACUGGAAGGGCAUUGCCUCGUGA